AUGGCAGCGAGCUACACAUGGCUGUGUUACAUAGACGAAGAAGAGGAAGGUGAUGCUAUAUGUCUCGUCUCGGUAGUCUACCCUCUCUCAAAGCAACCACCAACACCCAUCAAGCACAAUGGGAAUAGACAGACUGUGGCCGCCGGGGAAAAAAUGUCAUUGCAGCAUUUGGCCGUCGAGAGCGGAUUCUUGACCCAUCCAGGACCUGGUGGAACACGCAGUCUUUGGGUUGGAGUUGAUGCCCUUGCACGGAUCUAUCGUGCCAUCUACCGUCACGGCAAAACCAAGAACCCUGAGCUUGCAACUCUAUUCGCUCGAUGUGCCCGCCUCUUCAAGCUACCAAUUUGUCCUCUCUUCGUGUUUGAUGGGCCUGGGAGGCCAAAAAACAAACGAGGGAAGAAAGUUCGGGGAACCCGGUUGUGGUUGGAGCAGGACUUCAAGACCAUGUUGGAUGGCUUUGGGUUUACAUGGAUUGAGGCCCCACUAGGAGAAGCUGAGGCUGAGCUUGCUUCACUCGCAACUGCUGAUUGUGUGGAUGUUGUGCUCUCGGAAGACUUGGAUUGUUUCAUUUUUGGGGGGCCAGCUAUCAUGCGAUUUGAUCUGAACACUUCUAAUGACGAGGAGGUCAUCCUCUAUCGUGCGGCCAAAGUAGAAGCUCAUCCUGACCUCCACCUUGAGCAUGCAGAUUUUGUCUUCAUUGCUCUGACUGCAGGUGGUGAUUAUGGUAGAGGGAUCCCGAACUGUGGCAUAGAUACGGCCUUCCAACUUGCAAAGACUGGUCUUGGCCAGACACUUCUUGAAGGUGUAAAGCAUUACCAAGGACGCAACUUGCGGGCAUUUCUUUCUUCGUGGCACAAGUUGUUGAUCCUUGAGGCUGCCACUAACAAAUCCGGCCACCUCCCACAUAAAUAUCCGCACCUUGCCAGGAGCAUUCCAGCCAACUUCCCGACUGUCACAUCGCUCAAUCUUUACACAAAACCCCUCGUGUCUGGUGAAAUUCCACCCUCCCUCUUCAUGAAACAGCCGGACCCUCCAAUGCUUGCAAGCUUUGCUGAACAUCGCUUCGUUUGGGGAGAUCCUGUCGGAAUCCUCAAGCAUUUCUCUGACACUGUUUUCCCUGGGCUGGCCACCCGAUCCCUCAUGUCAGCUGCCCAGGUCCAUGAUCUUGGGUUUGGUGCUCAGAGCCAGACCCCAAUUUCGCAUGUCAUUGCUUUGCGGGCACCCGGUUCCCCAGACAAGUGCCCCCGUCACCAGGAAGUCCGCCUGGCUCUCUGCCUUGGCUCCGAAUACAUCAACCGCAUUGUACGUAACCUUGAUGGCUGUAACAGUGCCUCUCGGGUCAAGGCUGUGGAGAAAUGGAUGAAGGAUGAAUGUGGCAAGGUCAAAGCAUGGGUGCCACUCGAGAUGGUCAGGGUUACGUGGCCCGCCCUACUCUCUCCUUACCCUCGGAUGUCACCUCUCGCCUAUGCUGGGAUCAACAAAGUAUUGGAGGAGCAAGCUCGCAAGCAUCAGCAGGAGGACAUUGAGGAUGACCUUGAAGGCGAGCAGGAGACCCUCCCUGAUCUCACUCCUGAAGACCUGUCCAGGCCAGAUGACGAUGACGACAACGACAUGGUUUCACAGUGGUGA